AUGUCAACAGCAAACGGCGAUCUCAUAUCGUCCUUGUAUCCGCCACCGCCGGUUUAUGUCAAAUUUUUCACGACUGAAAACCUCAACAAGCUACAGGAAUGGCAGAGACAACAAAACGAUGAAGAAAUAGAAACAAAGCAAGAGGAAGCAGACGAUAAAGAUGAAAAAGACAACGAAAAACAAAAUGAAACACAAGACACGGUUCCUCCGGGCGAGUUGCGGUUUCUAGUACCUCCACAACCACCGUCCGGAACUCAUUACAGAGGCUAUGGUAACAUAUGGUCCUUUGAAGAUAAAUUGCCCAGCUUGAAAAGUGCCAAUUGGGAACAGCUAUAUAAAGAUGACGACGAAUCGAUAACGUCGGAAACUAAAAUAAAAGAAUUGCACAAAUUGAUGGACUCCUUAUUGUUGAACUUUUUGGAGUUGAUAGGAUUGGCUUCUAUUGAUCCUCUGCAAUACGAAAGUAAGAUCAAAGAUAUCUCACUUAUACUUAUCAACAUCAACCAUCUUCUCAACACGUAUAGACCGCACCAAUCUAGGGAAAGCUUGAUCAUGCUCUUGAGGAAGCAAAUCGAUGCCAAAAGAGCUUCCAUCAAUCAAGUUGAGAAGGUGUGUUCUGAGGUUAAACAAAAGUUAUUGAAAUUAACUAAUAUUCAAGACGUAUACAAAAAGGACAGUAUUGUGCUACCAGACAAUUCAGACAACUCGCCCAUGGCAGAAAACGCCGAGAGUAUAAAGGACGAGAUAAUUAAAAAGUUGUUGUCAGAACAUUGAUGGUUAGAGUGUGUAAUAUAAUGUACAAUAUAUGAAAGUAGAAUAU